UUGGGCAGUUUCCUGCUUUGAUCCGAGGAUAAUUGCAUCGGAGAGACGUGGAUAUCUCGAUCUAUAUGGGUAUUCGCUCCUGUCGAGGCAAGAGAUCAUCUUUUCCUCUUAUUUUGGUCGAUCACAGUGGUUUCUAGGGUUUCAGGCCCCUGUUUUACUUUACGGGGUAUGUCUGGCCAUUGAGUUCGAUCCUUCUGAUAGCGGCGGUACUGAUGAUGAUCUUCCACCAUCACGUCAAAAUAGGAGCGCAAGAGGAGGGCGUGUGACUGGGAAUGGGAGAGUUGCUGUUGGUUUUCUUCCAUACACACCGGUUCAGAAUGAUAUGGAGAGUGAAAUACAUCGACUUGAGCAAGAGGCAUACAGUUCAGUUCUUCGGGCAUUUAAGGCCCAAUCUGAUGCCCUUAAUUGGGAGAAGGAAAGUCUAAUUACCGAACUUAGGAAAGAGUUGAAGUUAUCUGAUGAGGAACAUAGAGAAUUGUUAAGCAGGGUCAAUGCAGAUGACACCAUCUGGAGAAUAAGGCACUGGAGACAGGCAGGUGGGCUCCAAUCUAAUUUACUAAAUAAUGCUCAGCCUGUUCAUGACCCGGCACCGAGUCCUACUGAUUCAGCUUCUCGCAAAAGGCAAAAGACAACGAUACCUUCCCAAUCUUUGGGUGCAUCAUCCCCAGUGCUGCACUCCCAACCAGUUGCUGCUUCCCUGCAGCCAUCAUCAUCAGGUGCAAAGUGGAGAACUACAGCAGGAGCCAAGGGCAAGAAGCCAAAACCCUGUGCCAUCUCUUUGUUUGAUCCUCAUAUAUUUUCGUACAAGUCCUUGCAGUACCCUUUUACAGGUCCAAGUGGAAGGGGCCAGGUAACAAACAGGAGUUCUUCUGGUGCUCUUGCAACAACUGAACAUGCUGAACCUGCGGCAUAUGAUCCACUGAUUGGGCGGAAGGUCAUGACGAGGUGGCCUGAAGAUAAUAACUUCUAUGAGGCUGUUAUAACAGAUUAUAAUGCUCGUGAGGGUUUACAUGCUCUUGUUUAUGAUAUGAACACAAUGAAUGAAACGUGGGAAUGGGUCAAUGUCAAAGAGAUUCCUCCUGAAUACAUCCGAUGGGAAGGUGAGGAUCCAGGCGUCUCAAAUCGAGUUGGUCGAGGUGAACCCAGCCCAGGAUCUAAGAAGCCUAUGGACCGCAAUGGGUCCAUUCCAGGUGCAGGAAGAGGAAGAGGGUCCUCGAAGAAUUAUUCAGAAGAUUGUUCCUCAGCACAAAAUGGCAUUGGGAAGAAGGCAUUUGAUGACAUAGAAAUACUUCACACACAGACUUUCCUAAAGGAGGUGGAAAGGGUUGUUGGUGCAAGCCACCCAGAUCCUCUUGAAAUUGAAAAGGCAAAGAAAGUGCUGAAAGAGCACGAACAAUCACUAAUUGAUGCGAUUGCAAGGCUUGCUGAUGCAUCUGAUGGUGAAAGUGAGGAGGGCGAGGACCUCACCUGGAAGAUUGAUGGAAAUGGACCGGGCGUGGAAACACAUGCAUCACACUAGGAGCCAGCGUAGAGCAAGUUACGAUGAUGACAAGGUUGGCGAAGCCCAGGGGGGUUCUUAUGGUGAUCGCAUGGCUGGCGACGGUACGACCUCAGACUCUAAGCAAGAUGGUGAUGGUUGUAACAUGCGGCUCGGCAGCUAAAUUGGUGACAACCCUGAGGCCAUGAAGAGCCCAGAGUGGUACAAGAUGGCCUGCUUUAAGAGUCCCCAAGAACAUCUCCAGGUAGGCUUAUUUUAACUGCUUCAGACCCUUCCCCCUAAGGGCCCGUUUGGUUCGCGGGGAGCAUUUUUCCUGCUAGAAAUAUGAUUCCUGGAAAGAAGAUUCAUAGGAAGAGAAUGCCUGAGAAUGUUCUUUUGGCAUGUUUGGUUAAACAUGAAAAAGUGACAGAUUUCCAGAGUAUCUAUGUUUGG